CCGUGAAAGAAAUCAUGAGACCGACAUUGUUUUGUCCACUUUUUACGUAGAGCUAUUCAAUCGCCAUCUAUUGAGAUUAUCGGAAAUUAAGUUCCAACAGACGGGAUGAGGGGUGAAUUGUGUAGCCUAUUGUGCAGACUGUGCUGGCUCUGUCAGAAUUGCAGAUAAUGUAAAAUUAAAAUAAGUUUCCAAAUGUGGCCAUCCUUAUAUUAAUGCCAUAAUGAGUUCUUUACAACAGUCGAGUCGCUUUAUACCAUUCACGAAUAGUGCUCAGCGGUCACAACUACUUCCUGGACAAGGAACUUUCCCACAAAGCCUCAGUGGAAGUGAGACAGAUGUUUCUACAUCUAAUGAGAACCUAAGCCAUGAAGAAAGAUAUGUAAUCAAGCACACAGCACGACAAGAGCCACAAGGGCAGGAGAAUCUUAGCUCAAACAGAAGCAGUUUAGAUGUAUCGUCGUCUUCCUAUAAUACUCUCAUCAUCCAUGGAGCUGGCGAUGAGAGCUGGACUGGCCGGUUAUCGGGUAUUCGAGAUAUGCAAGAUGGAAAUGGUCAGAACUACUUGUCAUCUCAUUCCUACAGUGCAUCACCGACUGUGGAAACAAACAAGAAAAUGGGAUCUCAUUCCCAUUCUCCUUCUCCUUCACUCUCAUUGGGCAGCAACAAAGAAGGUCGCAUCUAUGAUCCCAGUGUUCGUGAGAUAACUGAUAUUCCUGAUGAUUACUUGAGUCAAUCACAGGUUUUAAAACACCUUGCAAAAGAAGUGAAGGUUGUUCCAUGUGGCACAGAGGGAAGUAAUGGAAUUAGAGAAUCUGCUGCAGGCGAUGACGAGGAAGAGGAGGAAGAAAGUAAAAGAGGGGAUUCUUGUGACAGACCAGAACGAUUAUCUGCAGGCAGAGAACUUACACCACGACCUCCACCAGAAUAUCCAAAAUGGCUUGACUCCCCUGUGUCAUAUAGGUUAAGAGGUACUGGUGCUGGUCCCACAGGAACCCUUGCUGAUAAGAUCAACCUCUCAAGAUCCCAGCCAGAUCUUUCUCGCAUUGGUGGCAGCAAAAUUGGGAGUCCCAGGCCAAAAACAAAUGGACGUGAGGAUGUGAGGAGGGAUGUUUGGCCACCAGCGGAAAUGGUUGAAAUCCUGAUCCAAGAAAAUAGCUCGCUAAAAUUAGAACUUGAAACUUGCUAUCAAAAAGUGGCAAAAUCACAGAAGUUGGAGCAAGAGAUAGCCAAGGUACACAGAGCACAUGAGGAACUAGUCCAGGGUUCAGAGCGUCGUGAGCGACUAGAGCGUGCUGCUCGCACUAAGCUGCAGACAGAAGUGCGGCGGCUUCAAGAAGCAAACCGUGCUCUUAGAGAACAGGCUGAAUUACUGUCUGCACAGCUUCUAACAGGGCCCCGAGUGUCAGUAGCAGCUGCUGCAGAGCACUCUGCCGAUUCACGUCUUAGAGAAGAACUCAAUCGACGGGAAAUACUAGUUGCCCAACUUAUCACACAGAACAAAGAGCUUGCUGCAGCAAAGGAGCGCCAGGAAAUUGAAUUAGCUGCUCAGAGAGCUACGUUGCAAGAGCAGAGAACACACAUUGAUAUUCUGGAUACUGCUCUCACAAAUGCACAGGCAAAUGUAGUGAGAUUGGAAGAAGAGUGUCGAAAAAAGCAAGUUUAUGUUGAACGAGUGGCUCAGUUGCAGCGUGCACUAUCGUCACUUCAGUUAGCAAGUGAGCGUCGAGAGCAGACUGAACGAAAACUGAGGCAGCAGCUGGAGCAAGAGUUGCGUUCAGAGCGUGGUGGUGGUGGUGAAGGAGCAGGGUCUGGAAAUGGAGCUGAUAACAAGUCAGGAGAAUCUGCCGGUAAUGGAGCACCAUCGAGUAGCGAAGUAAUUGCUGAACUAAAACGACAACUGAGAGAGCGUGAUGAUCGAUUAGUACGGCUUGAAGGUGAAGUGGCCAAAUGGGAACAGCGAUAUCUGGAAGAGAGUGCGCUUCGCCAAGCUGCAAUAGAUGCUGCUAGUAUUCCCAAGGAUGCAAAAAUAGCUGCCCUUGAGAAAACAAGCCAGGAAACUGAAAAAUUGAUUGCUGAAGCAAGAUCUGAAAAGAUACGUCACAUGGAUGAAGUCCAUGCAGCUCAGAAAAAAGUAGCUGAUCUAGAGUCCAGGUUAAAGGACCUAGAAUCAAAGCUUGCAGAACGUGAUGCGAUGAUCAGGGUGCUACAGAAACACACAUAUGAUAAAGAUGUGUCUAGUUUUCCGAGCAUGCUGGUAUGUUCACCUCAUCACACCCCUCAUCCCAGUCUACAUGGCAAUUCUGAUCUUGGUGUUUUGGGAACUUCAGUUUCCAGAGAGGAACUCGACCCUGUGUCUACAACCAGUGUUUUCUCCACUGUCAGUGGAGCAAGCUGUAGUACUGGCAUCAGUUCGUACACAGGGAGCUGUAGUGACUCUGCUGGUAGCAAGCUGAGCUCUUACCAUCGCCCUCUGACUUCGAGUUAUGCUGCAACUCGUACAAAGUACGGCAGUGUUGCAGCAAACAAGAGUUUUGAUGAAACAAACAAGUCACUUGAUGACCAGCUUAAAGAGUUAGAUUCUCAGCUGGAUUCUCAACUCCUCAGUAAGAGAGGUCUUUGCUGUUUUCCAGGAUUCUCUAAUACAGGCACUACGCCGCGAAAAGGAAAAUUACCCAAGCCAUUAUUGGCGGGUGUAGGGCGAACAGGUUCACCCCACCAUUUGUUUGAGCCAUCAGGGUUCCUGCAGGGCUUGGUGCCCACACGCUACGAGCAGGGUCGUCCUGAAGAGAUCCUUCUGUUAGAGAAGCAAGGACGCAGCUCACAGCAGCAGCGUGCAGCCAGCCUUCCUCCAACAUCUCUGCCACGACCACCUCGCAGGCCACCAGCUGGCAGUGGUGCGGGGUAUGGUCGCCUCGGAGAUGGAAGUGCUAGUGGCAGUGAGAGCCAUGGACCUGUCCCACCAUCACCACCUCCGGCUCCAGCUGCUACGCCACCACCAUCAGCAUCACACCGCUCUGGCAUCCCGCGCAAACUCGGUGGAUAUGGGCGUCUCGCUGAAGGAUCUGUAGAAACACCUUCUCGCCAGAGGAAAUCGUCAAUUCCCUGUUCAGUGUCGGGAACUGUAAGCCGUUCAGUUCAUUCUAAUGGCCAACCAAGUAGUUCAGGUGUAGCUGGAGCAGAAGGUGCCAAGCUGCGACUCUUUACAGGACCUCGAUCACGUCGUAGUUCAUCUGUAGCGAAGCCUGCUUCUACAGAUAGCAGCAAUGCUAGCAGUAAGUCGGUUGCUAGUACUGGUAAGUACAGAAUUCAGUUCUAACAAAUGUCUUCCAUUUGCCGGUGAUUGCUCCAUACUGAUUUAAAACUAAGAUAGAUGUGUUUAAUGAUUUCAAUGUUUCUUCAGUGAGACUUGUUAGUGUUCUUCCUCAAUCACUGAGCAGAGCUGUGUUUCAGUUAUCUCUGUGGUUUGUAAUCCAUGGAAGAAUGAGCUUUAUAAAACAUCACAUACAGAUUCCUGUUAUAGUGCCUUUUAACUGUUUGUAAUGAGUAAUGUUAACUACUGUUUUAAUAUGUGAAGAAAGUUAAUGACAUAAAAAUGAACCCAAAAGCAGUAUGGUCAGAAUGCAAUAGGAGUCACACUCUGUUUACUUCUCCCAUUUUUUUUAUCCCCCCCCCCCCCUCCAUGAAAGUGUGUUCGCAGAAUAAAGUUAGUUUUAUGUAGCAGACCCUACCUCAAAGUUUUCUGCUUUUAGCAAUUUAAUUUGUGUAUUCAAGUAACUUGCUAGUACCACAAUUCUAGUCUCAUUAUUUAGUCUGAUGUAUCAUAGCUUUUGACACACUUGUAAGGUGCUCUUUGCCAUGAAUUAAUGUUUUAUGUGCCUUGUGUAUAUAAGUAUUCAUAUAGUGAAGACAGAUUUUCUUUUUUUUUUUUUUUUCUUCUUGUCAAGUAUGUUUAAAAAUGUGAUAGAAUUCUAGGAAAUUGCCGUAUCUUAAUAGUAUUUACUGUGCCUUCAAAUAAUAGUCUUCCUUAUAACAUCAGAAUCAACAGUGCGCUUUAAAAUACCACAGACAGAAUAACCUUUUUAGUACUCUGUAGUGCAAGGAAACAAAUUUUGACUCAAAUUUUAUGCAUAUUGAUUGUGGUUUCUCUGUCACAGUUUCUCACAAAAAUUCAGAUAGUUGUAAAUAAAUUUAGCUACCAUUUGUCAUAUAGUAAUCAGUGGUGGCCAUUGCUGUUGCUUCAGAUAUAGUCUACAAAGUGCUCGUGUAUGUUUCCUCUCAGAAAUAUACAGAGAAGAAUGGGAAACUGUACCAUUUCACUAGCUGUCUUGCUAUUUGCACUAUUUUUGUGACGCUGCCAUUUUUCUAGGUAUGUGAAAAUGGUUUUGAUAUGUUAAACAUACACAAUUUUUAAGAUUAUAUUAUUUUCUCUGUGAAGUUGUCAGCAAUCAGAAAUUUAUUAUCUUAUUUUAUCUAUUCUUUUAUUGACUGUACUAUGCAUUUCAUAGGAAUGUCUUGCUGUGGCUGGGAAAAAAAUGCAGGUUUCAUUCUGUAAGCAGGAUGACAUUAGACACCAAAUCAGUAAUUACUAUUCUGCAAGUAGAGGGAACAUAGCAUUCACCAAAAAAGAGCUUGAUGAGCUGCAAGAAAUGCUUGUAAUGUGGCAUUGUUAGAAUCAGUGUUACUCAGUUAGUCAAUGAUAUCCUUGUGUAAUAACAACAGUAAGUGAAAAAUAACACAACAAUGGGAAAGUGAAUUGAAUUUGGCUUUUAGAGGACAAUAUAGUUUGGCAGCUACAGUAAAUCACAUUAUUUCUUCACAGUCAAGAUACAUAGAUCAGACACUCAUUUUUCACCCACAUCCAAACACCAGUAUUGGUUGCCUGUUUUUGCCAUGUUGUUUGGUCAAAAAUAUCAUGUUCCCAGGCAGUUAUGGUUGUUACUUCUAGUUUCACCAGCACUAGGCAAGACAUCCCUUCUAGUUUUAAGUGCCUGUUAGUAAUGUGUUCCUGUUAGUAUCCUGAAGAACAUGAGGCUCAUAUACAAAUGUAAAUUGUUGAAAUUUUUUAGAUACUGAAAUAUUUUUGUAAUUCUCUUAAGUGUCUAUAACGAGCAGCAGGGAAAAUCAUUUUCCUGUUUCAGAAAUAAUUUACUUUUGUGGGAAAACUUGUUACAUGUGUGUGUUUGUAUUGACGGCUUUUUGCAAUAUAUACACUGUUUAUUAUUUACAAAUAUUGUGAUAAACUCUGCAGUACUGAAAAAGAUAUUAAUUUUGUAAUAAAGAAAUGGCAA